AUGGCUUACGCUCCGGAACCCGAACCUCAGAAGCGCAAACGCGACCCAGACGACGCUGGCACCCAACCUACCCUGGCUCCGCUACAGUCUCGUCGGCAGUCACUCCCGCUGGCCCAGCGAGGUGCCUCGGCGAGUAUGAAGGUGGGUAAGCCUCGAGCUUCAUUCUGUGCACCCUCGAUGCAUGACCAGCCCGACAAGGCUAAUGCGGGCAUGCAAUCAGGCGUACUGGAGAGAAACGAUAGCUUUGCUGCUUCAUUGGGUGCCAAACUCAGCGGCCCGCGCCUUCUGAGAGCAGUCGAAAAGUCGUUCGAAAGCCCCAUAAAAAUCAGCUCGCCAUCUGUCUUCUCCCACUCCGUCACCUGGCUAGACGUCUGCAACUUUGCCAAGGCGAAUCCCUCUGAGUUUCUGCUCACGAUCCUGCCCGACGGCUCUCGAUGUUGCCAAUUCAUAUGUAAGGGCAUGCAGGUUGAGAUUAGCGAGGACGACUGGCGUUUCAUUACAUCAGGGGUCCUCGACCGCAUCCCGCUUGAGCACCCACUCGAGGAGGACGAGACAGCCGAACUGGCCACGCUGGAUAUCCUCGAGAAGCGAGCCUCUGCCCUCUGGCACAGAGCCGAUGAAGUGUCCGCUCGAUCACGCAUUCUCCACCACAGACUGGGUCAGCGCCGUCAGGAAAUUCAACGUCGGCAACAAACGCACAAAGAUGGAGGCGCCUCGGGACCGAGAUUCCCGCCGCUUGAUCAGCCAGCCCGACCCUCACCCCAGCACUCGUCCUACGACAUCCAUGCUGAUCUCCUACAACAGUUCAUGGCAGCAUCAGAAACGCCGAGCGCAUGGCGGCCAGCAUCAGCACUAGGCAUCAGCCACGGCCAAGCAUCGCCAUCCACGCUGGCCACACAGCAGCCGCAUCGUGCAUCGCUGUCGGGUCGCCCGUCAACGGCUGUGUCUGAUGCCGAUGCCUACUCCGAAAAGUCGCGUCUGCUCAUGACGCAAAAAAUUGACAAACUCAUGCGGGCCGAACCCAUCGUCCCCCCCUGCGACCGCUGCCGCCGCCUCAAGCUCGAAUGUGUCAAAUACCUGAGUGCUUGUCAGGGAUGCACUAAGAAGCACGCCAAGUGCAGCUGGCGGGUGAUGUCGGACGACGAAUCGGCAGAGCUCAGGCGUCAGAUGGGUGUUGCCGAGGCGGGGGCAGGAACGGGCCCGGGGACCGAGACGGUGACGCCGGAGCACCGGCCACUAGAGAUGACGGCUUCUGCCGCCCUGGGAUCCGUAGCCUCGAAUGACACGCGACCGCCGAGCCGAAGCGGCAGCGCAGCCCCAGAAUCAGCCGGCUUCGGGGUGCUCGAGAGACAUGCGUUCCUCCCAUCACCCAUAGACAGGGUGGAGCUCCCACCUAUGAGGUUGCAGGCGAGCAUGGUUCCAGGGCAGGGGUUUGGGGUUGGCAUGAGCAGACGACCAAGUUAA